GAUGGAAACUUGCAUUCCUUGAAAAGCUGCAAGUCGCAGUGAUACGACAUUCUUGAAAGAAUAUAUAUACAUACAUUGCUCUUGACGAACCAAGCUUGACCACAACACAAUGGCUCAACAGCAACUCCAAGUUCUCAUUCUAGCCUUCCAAGGCCUCAAUAUCCUCGACCUUUGCGGUCCAUCUGAAGUCUUUGCCAACUUCGCUCUUGGACCCAAAGCUUUCAAAAUCACCAUUGCUGCCUCUCAAGAGCUCGUAACAAGCUUCGAGGGCCCUACUGUCCAACGCCAUCGUUCCUUGAAAUCUCUGUUGGAGUCAUCUUCGGAUCCUCAGUAUCCCCUUCGCCCAUUAGAAAAAUUCGACCUCCUCGUCAUCCCAGGCGGUCCAGGAGACAAAGUCCAAGCCGCAAUCGACCGCGACCCAGACCUCCUCAGAAUCAUCAAAAAAUGGUCCGAAAUCUCCCGCCCUUCCCCAACAGACUCCUCCAACCCUUGGAAAAGUCGUCAACCUCUCCUCUCCAUCUGCACAGGCGCCGCAUUCCUCGGCACACUCGGUCUCCUCGGAGGUAAAACUUGCACGACCCAUUUCGGGUAUAUUCCGACUUUGGAGGGAAUUUGUAAGAAAGCUGGUAAGGAAGCGAGUGUGGAGAGGAAAAGAUUUGUUGACGCGGGGGAGACGAGUAAUGGAAUGAGGGUCUUGACGAGUGGCGGGAUUAGUUGUGGGAUUGAUGCUAGUUUGUGGAUUGUGGGACAGUUGGUGGGGUUGGAGGAGGCGAAGGGGGUUGCGAAGAUGAUGGAUUAUAGGUGGGUGUUUGAUAAGGAGGGGGAGGGAAGUGUUACGGAGGGGGAGGUGGUUUGA